GUGACUUUGGCCUGGCCACCAAAGUAGAGUAUGAUGGAGAGCGCAAGAUGACCCUGUGUGGGACCCCCAACUACAUUGCUCCAGAGGUGCUGGGCCAGAAGGGGCACAGCUUCGAGGUGGACAUCUGGUCCAUUGGCUGACUCACGUACACUCUGCUGGUGGGGAAGCCGCCGUUUGAAACGCCUUCGCUGAAAGAAACCUACAUCCGAAUCAAGAAGAACCAAUAUACUAUUCCCAAGCACAUCAACCCCGUAGCUGCUAACCUCAUCCAGAAGAUGCUGAGGUCUGACCCUGCCACGCGCCCAACUAUCGACGAGUUGCUGAAUGACGAGUUCUUCACGUCGGGGUACAUCCCCAGCCGCCUGCCCACCAGCUGCCUCACUAUUGCUCCUAGAUUUUCCAUUGCUCCCACUGGCCUUGAACUGAGCGGGCGAAAGCCGCUGACUGAGCUCAACAAAGGACGAGACGGCCCUGCACUAGAGAGCUUGCCUGAGAAGGAAGGUGUUGCUGCUCUGCGGGAGCUGGGAGAUGCUGUUGACACCCAUUUAGCUGACAUGUUACAGCAGUUGACUGCAGUCACCCUCGCCAAGCCCUCCGAGAGAGUGGUGGUGAGGCAAGAAGAAGCUGAGGACCCAGCCUGCAUUCCCAUCUUCUGGGUCAGCAAAUGGGUGGACUACUCAGAUAAAUAUGGUCUAGGUUACCAGCUGUGUGACAACAGCGUUGGAGUUCUCUUCAACGACUCCACUCAUCUUAUAAUGUACAGCGAUGGGGACAGCUUGCAGUACAUCGAGCAAAAAGGCACCGAGUCCUACUUCACUGUGAGAUCCUACCCCUCUGCCCUCAACAAGAAGAUAGAGCUAUUGAAAUACUUCCGGAACUACAUGAGCGAGCACCUGCUGAAGGCGGGCGCCAACAUCACGCCGCGGGAGGGGGACGAGCUGGCCCGGCUGCCCUACCUCUGCACGUGGUUCCGCACCCGCAGAGCCAUCACCCUGCACCUCAGCAACGGCACCGUGCAGAUCAACUUCUUCAAGGACCACACCAAGGUCAUCUUGUGCCCUCUUAUGGCUGCUGUCACGUACAUAGAUGAGAAACGGGACUUCCGCACGUACAAGCUGAGCCUCAUCGAGGAGCACGGGUGCUGCAAGGAGCUGGCCAGCCGGCUCAGCUACGCUCGCACCAUGGUGGAGAAGCUCCUCACCUCCAAGUCUGGUUCAGCUGCUGUGAAACCCUCUGCGUAGACCUUGUUCUCGGUGGACUCCACAUCUGUGCCAAACCGUCCCAGCUGUGCAUGGGGAGGUCUAGUAUCAUCCCUGCUCACACUCGCUCCACACAGCUGGGCUCCCACCCCUGGGUAUGGCCUGGUUGCCACAAGGAAGUGCCUGAUGCUGUGG